AUGGUAAAUGAAGAGGAUGAAGAAACAUAUUACCAUGGUACACAGUUGCAUUAUGAUGAUACAUUUACAUAUGGUAUGGAGGGGGAAGUUGGGCGUACACCUACGGGGAAAAAUGUUGAGCCGUCACCGGACGUGGGUCAACAUGACAAAAAACAGUGUCUCUUAUUGUUAGGUCGCAACGAACGAGGGGUGCUUCAUGAUCCAAUCCACACCAAAAUUGAAGAAAAUCACCAAACCAAGGAAAAAAAAGCAGUGGAGUGUCUCGAAAAAGCAAAUGAAGACAUUGUGAAUGAAGAGAGUAAUGAUGUUUCAAAUCAUCUACUGUUAGACAAUCUUUAUGCUGCUAGUACGUUGGGUUUUUGGAAAGAAUGA